ACAAGAGCCGCCCCGCUCCACCGGAUUUCAGCCGGUAGUCGGUCGGUGUGUGUCAGUGACAGUCAUCCCUUUAAACCCUCAGGACCUCGGACCGUCCACCUGCCUCACAGCUCUGCAUUUGUUUUUAUUUACUUUUUAUUCCAAGGCUUUUAGGACCAGUCUAAAUGACAGCACAGCAACAGGCGCCUGGACUGCAAACUCCGUGAAGGCUGCUCGGCUUCUGGGGAAACUGUUGCACGAAAUCCCGCUGCGAUGUCGCUGCUGUGUGUCAGAGUAAAGAAAGCCAGACUCCACGGGCCUCCAGACAAAUUCAAUGCCUAUGUGACUUUAAAGGUGCAGAAUGUGAAGAGUACGACCAUCACAGUUCGUGGAGAUCAGCCAUGUUGGGAGCAAGACUUCAUGUUCGAGAUCAAUCAUCUGGAGUCGGGUCUGGUGGUGGAAUUGUGGAACAAAGGUUUGAUCUGGGACACGAUGAUCGGAACGGCACUGAUACCCCUUGACUCCAUCCGACAGUCUGACGAGGAGGGACCAGGAGAGUGGACGUCUCUGGACUCUGAGGUCCUAAUGAGGGAGGAUGAGAUCUGUGGAACCACAAACCCGACUUCACACCAAGUGCUGCUGGACACCAGAUUUGAGCUGCCGUUUGACAUCCCAGAGGACGAGGCUCAGUACUGGACCAGUAAACUGGAGCGGAUCAACACCAUGAGGAUACACGACGAGUAUCCACUACAGGAAGAGGUCCAGAGAAGAAGAAUGGUGUCUGUUCCCUCCCAGUGCUGCAGUUGGAGUUAUUUUGGAUGGAGUGACCAGCAGACGUUUGAUGACCAUGACAGUGCGAUGGAUGACCGAGACAGCGACUAUCGCAGUGAAACCGGCAACAGACCUCCGCGGUUCCACACCACCUCCCAGACUAAUUCAUCAGUGCACCAAUACCCGAUAGGACGCAGGGUCCAACACCAAGCCUUGUCCAGGGAGUCCGAGUCUGUACAAAGCUAUGAGCUAGACUAUAGAGAAAUGAGGGGACCCAGGCGAUCAAACAAUAAGGGUGGAGUUAGAAUAAUCCCUGUUGACUCAGGUAUGGGUGUGGAGGAUUGGGAGAGUAAAUAUAAAGUGCCUGACUGCGGUGUCUUGGAUGAUUACUUGGAUGCUGAGCAGAAAAUGUGGGAGGACGAGGAUAAAAGCAUCAUCUACCGGAUUAGUGACAGUUCUUCCAAAGGCAGCAGAUUCUAUCAGACAGUUGAAUGUGAUGCGCUCUCCCCAGAGGAUACGCAGGAACUGAGUGGCAGAACAAACAGGCAGCGGCACGGCUUUGGUAGUGGAGAAGUGCGGUUAGUUUACAGGGAAGCCGGCAGCUUUGAGGAUGAGUCAUCACCUCCUGAAAUUGAUAUAAUUCCUUCUGUCAAACAGCUACGACAGCAGACGGACAGAGAGAGUCUGCUUUACAAGACCAGACUGUGGGCCAAAACGGCUUUAGAAGACACACUUGAGAGUUAUGCAGCUUUUCGUGAGGAGGAAGCUGCUCGGGAAGAAGCCGCAAGAAUCAGAGGCAGGAGUGAAUAUGGCUCAGUUGGUUCAGAUGAGAUGCAGUACUCCUUUGGAUCUGAGGAGGAACUGGAUGACCUGGCUUUCACUGAAGGGGAUGCUAGUUAUGAAUAUGAAAGCUACUACUACCCUGGCAGGUAUACAUCAGCUUUUGGAGGACAAGGCUUUUCAAGUAAAGGGAGAACAGGUCGUGGACAAGAUCCCAUGUUGUCUCCUGUGGAGGAGCCGAGUGAUGAAUAUGUAGAUCCAAUGGGUGAACUGCAGAGUUUAGUUCACUCAGUGUCUGAAUAUUUGGCUGUAAAAGAGGAGGAGAUCAACAACUAUGAAUCAAUGCCUAAACCAGUUAGACGAAAACUUCCGCCUUUGCCAACUGAUGCUAAAGCUGCGCAACCUGCAGACAGUAAUAGCAUUGAAGUCAAACCUGAUGUUAAGGAGGAUAGCACUGUUGAACAGGGCAUAGCUGGCGUAAAGAAUGCAAUGAGCUCAUUGUUCAGUACAAUCACAGGAUCAAAGCCAACCCCUGAGGCAGAAGCUUCAGGCACAACACCAUCCCCCCAACCACCACAGGCAGAUUCUGGUAUUUCAAAACUGCUGUCUUUCAUCCCUAAACCUACUACUGAAGCCACAGAAACCUGUGGUGCAACAGAACCACCUACCUCCCAAGCAUCACCUCAACCUGAGUCUGGCAUUUCAAAGCUGCUUUCAUUCAUUCCCAAAAGUGGUGGCACAUCCCCACCAGUAGCCAUAGUUCCUCCUGCCUCUCAGGAGUCCGGACCAGAAAAAAAGUUUUCCCUUCAGUCUCUUUUGCCAUUCCAAUCAUCAGAAACCAGUCGGCAAGCUGAUGCUGGACAGACAGCAACACAUGCUAGCACAGAGGCACAAGGCAAUGCAUCCACUGGUGCCCAGCCCACAUCUGGGUUUGAGGGCAUGUUAGGAAGACUUAGUCCUUUGAGACUUUUUUCCAGUGCACCGCCAUCUAGAGAGCCAUCACCUCAGCCAUCAGAACAAAGGAGUGCUUCUGCUACAAGCAAUGACUCCCUGCAAGGGCCGGCAAACAGAUCCGUGAGCCCUAAUAGACAGGGCUCGCAAACAGAGCGACAGCUAUCAGGAGACACAAGACCAGGCUCCGGAACAGGAUCAGUGGAUCUUUUGCCAGAUACAGCAAGUGGAUCAAUUGAGUUUUCCCAAGAAACAGGAAGUGGGUCAGUUGAACUUCUUCCAGAGUCUGAGUCAUCUGGUGAGCUGCCUGAUAUUCAGCAAAGAAAAACUACCACAAUAUCUGAACCAAAACCUGAAAGCAUUUCAGAGGAAACAGGAUUUUUCAGUCCUUUUAAGAAAUCUCUCUCUACACUCAUAUCAACAGCUCCUCCAGAAGCUUCCUCACAGAGUGACACCAAGCCCACAGAGGAGUCAUUUCUGGGCAACAAACUCAAACUCCCGUUUUUCUCCUCAGAAAAUGUUGCCACAACAACCCCACCAAAAGCGGAAGGAGGCAUGCUAUCAGGGAUUCUUAAGUUUGCAUCUGGUGAAGACACCAAUGCGACAUCAAGAAGUCCAUCCCCCACCCCUGCAAGAUCUCCCUCUCCAAGUCGCGCUGCACUUCUUGAAAGUGUACCAAAAGGAAACACAGAAACUGGAUGGUUUUCAAACCUAUUCAAGGUAGCCCCAAGUGAACCUGCUAGAGAACCUGCAAAACCACAACUAACUCCCACCGUGACGCUAACCAAACCUAGCGGUCAAACUGGGCUGCAUACUGAACCAUUGACCCCUGAAACUACACAGAGCAUUGUUGACAGCACAGAGCAAUUAUCACAGGAGCAAAUAUUGUCUGAAAAAGAUCCUGAGCACAAGACAGAUGUCCAGCUUGAAUCAGAUGUCACCUCUAAAGAGCAAGUUACUCCCAAGUCUGUGGAAGAAGUCAAAUCACAACCACAGGGUCAAGGAAUUCUCUCUGGAUUGUUGAAAUUAGGAUCAACUGAAGGUGCUUCACCUGACAAUAAGGUCCAGGGAGGAGAUAGUCAGCCCCAACAGGGUGGUCUGCUCUCGAGCCUAUUUUCAUCACCUUCCCAGUCUUCCCUCCAGACACAACAGAGUUCUGCCCCACAGCAGUCAGGAGGACUGUUGUCUGGAUUUUUAAAAUUUGCCUCUGAUGUUUCUUCCCCUACAAAUCAGUCUUCAUCAACAUUGCCAGGAGGCCAAUCUGGCCAAAUUCCCCCUCAAAGGCAAGGACAACCUGCUGCUGCACAACCACCUACUGGAGGACUCUUAUCUGGGCUCUUGAAAAAAGCUACAGACACAGUGACUGGGUCCCCACCAACUCAGUCCAGUCAAGACUUACAACCAGCUGACCAAAACUUGAGUCAAGGGACGACUCCUCCUACUCAGUCAGCAGAGAUUUUGACUAAAUCAGGUUCAACAGAAGUACCUCCUCCUGACAAAGGUCAGCCUAACCAGCAGCCAAAACCACUUGUAGCCUCAGAUCAGCAACCAAGUCAGCAGCAGACUGAACCAACUGCAGAACCUCCAAAAGCAACAGUGCCUCAAUCCAGUGGAUUGUUUGGGGGUUUGUUGAAACUCACCGAAACUGCUUCCCAGCCACCUAAAGGACCUUUGGCUACACAAUCUGCACAACAAAAUCAGCAGCCAGGUAAUGUGUUGUCUGGACUUUUUAACAAGAUUGUAGAGCCUAGUCCUACUCCCUCUCAGCCACAGUCAGAGCCAGGUGCUCAAGAAACUAACCAAAAACCAGUGCAGCAAGUAUCUCCUCAACAAGGAGGCUUCCUCUCUGGCUUGUUUGGAAUUGGGAGCCAAGAAUCUGCUCCUGCAAACCCUCCCCAGUCCUCACAAAAACCGCCACAGACUGCACAACCAGGGAACCAGCCUAGUUCUUUUCCAGGCAACAGACAAAACCUACAACGGCAAAACCAAGUCCCUCCACAACAACCCCCCACAGGUCCUGGAGGAAUGCUCUCUGGAUUAUUUAACAAAAUUGCAGAUGCAGUUGAACCCCCACAGCCUACAGUGGGGAGUCAACCAGGUCAGCAACAGGCACAGAGACCAGGCCCUAAGACAACCCAGCAGCCACCUAAUCAACAGGGAGGCUUUCUGUCGGGGUUGUUUUCAGGUCCAACUCCUCCAGCUCAGCAGCAACCACCCGCUAGUCAGCAAAACCAGCAGCAACCCCAACAAGGUAACAGGCAACCACUGCGAAGGCAAAACCAGAUAUCUCCACAACCUGCUGCCUCUGCACCAGAGCAGCAACAGGGUGGACUAUUGUCAGGACUUUUCAAUAAAUUAGCAGCUAGUGAUGCACCACAACAAUCAACCCCACAGACCGGAUCUCAACUUGUAAAUAAACCAAACCUUGCUGGACCUGGUCAACCUGCAGGUCAACAGUCAUCUCAAACCAGUCAGCAAGGAGGAUUCUUGUCUGGUCUGUUUGGCCAGGCGUCACCUCAGCAACAACAACAACCACAACAACAACAAAAACAACAACAACAGCCUGGGAAAAUUACAAGCUCUCAACAAACAGCAACCCAGCAGCCCAGUCAAAGUGGAGGCUUGCUUUCAGGCAUUCUCAAGCUUGCAUCUGGUGACAAUGUACCACAGGAACCACAGCCACCUCAACAUGCUCAGUCAAGUCAAUCGAAGACGGCGCAAAGUCCAGCCCAGUCUGAAUCAGGGGGAUUAUUCUCUGGUCUGUUAAACAAAAUUUCAGCUUCUGUGGAACAGUCACCAUCACCUAAUGAUCAAGGGAACCUCCAAACAACACAACACCAACAGCAGCCCCGUGCAGGACAGGGGCGACCACAGAUUCAAAGAACUAAACCUGUAGAGGUGUCUGCUUCCCAAGAUGCGGCCAAAGAUAAGGAUGUAAAAGGGCCGGCUCAAAAAGGCUUUCUCACAAAUCUUUUUAGUGCCUCAGAGGAGUCAUCAACAAAGACACAGCAGCCAUCCACUCCUCAGCUUGGGAAGGACGAACCAAAAACCAGUGCAAGUAGCUCAUCUCCUGGUCUGUUAUCCAGCAUUUUCAAAACGGGCUCCACUGAGAGUACUCCUCCUGCUCCUGGAAAGGAAAACGAAAAAGGCCUUCUUGAGCGAAUACUGCCAAAGAGUAAGGAUGAUAUCCCUUCAAUUACAGUAACACUCACAAAUGGUGCUAGUGCAGCUACUCCAGUUGCUGAUACUUCUAAAGACCCUGGAAAUUCUCAGGUUUGGAAAGAUCCUACUGUUUCCCCAACCCAACGUUACCUUGAGGAAAUUGAACGUCUCUUGUAUGGGACAGCAGAUGAGUAUGGUUACAAGGAUCUUUUGUUCAAUUUUACAGAGCAUGGUGUUAUUCCACCAGAGUUAUAUGAGCAUCAGUGUCUCAUAGAAGCUCUACUGUGGCAACAACUCAAUGACUACGCCCUGGCUGAAGCCCUAGCCACUCAAGUUCAGGAGCGCUACCAGACAUGCCAAGGGCAAAUACCACCCACAGUUAGAACCCCCCAAUGGGAGAACAACUUAUCAUUCAACCCUAAAGAAAUGGACAUUAGUGACUUCAAUGUACCCUCACAUCCUUGGAGAGAUGCUACUGCCCAGCUUUUUGAGAGCAGGAAUCGCUUUUUUGAGCCAGAUGAAGAUCUUGUUUUGUUUGAUAUGACUUGCAAGGACAAGAAACCCUGGAGUAGCUGUGACAAUUUAAAUGACCUGAGUGAAGUAGACAAAAAACCUUGGAUUGUUAGAGGUGAUGCUAUCAAUCUCUCCAUAGAAAAAACAAAGACAAGAUUAAACAGAUGUCAGUCACUUACACAGUGCAGUGUACAGGAAUUCAGCCGAGUAGUGGAAAAAAAUGCAAUCAAUAGUCAUAUAAAAGAUCAUGAAUUUGAUCUGAAAUCAGCAACUGAGUUUUUAAAACGACUUGCCACAAAAAAGGGUCCAGUUGAUUUAAGACGUGGUGCUCUAGAUUUAAGCCAGUCUGCAGGUGCUAUGGGGGAUGCAGAUGAAGAAAUGCUAUUUGAGGAUUCUGAGUGGUAUCAACAAUGGCUUUCACUGAUGGACCAAGGGAUGUGGUGGCCAGCUGAAGUUGGGGACUGUGGAUAUUAUGUUUAUACAGAUGAGGAAUACAUUUAUUCUCUUCUAACUGACAGAGCUGGAAGACAUCUCUAUGCCUGUGCUGCCCCAGAGGAUGUGCAAGCUCUAGAAAAUAUCACAGAAAAUAUUGCUAAUAUUCUGAAACAAAAACAAGCAGAUAAAAUGACCCUUUGCGGUUUUAAAAUCCCCCUCUGCAAUGAGGACAAAGGCCUCUGGUUUCCAGGCCAGCAGCUGAAUAGAUCUGCGCUUUCAGAUGUGCCCAUAGACCUAACUUCUGCCCUCAGGAAAGGGGAAAAAAUAAUGAACAUGAAUUUGGAAAGCUUUUCUCAAAUGUUCCAGGAAUCUAUAGCUUCUCAAGCAGAGCAAGCUGUGGACUUUAGUGUGUACAAGCUUAAAAAGAUCAAGAUGGAGUCGGUUCAGAAUACUUACAGCUACCAAGAAGAGCCAGUGGAGGCAGCUGAUCUUACUUUAAAGUCACAAAAAGGAGGGCGUGGAGGGCCAUACUGGAUAAAUCAGGGGGUACCAGACAUGACUGCACCCUCACCUAUACGUCCCCCUCAGUCUUAUUCAGCACAUAUCUCUCCAAGCAGACGCCUCCCAAUUCCUGAAAUCAGGAUUGGACAUGUCGAUGAUACAUCUUCAGACCAACCAAGACAAAGGUCGAGCUAUGUAGUUUCACCUGUUGGCGGAAUGUCUCCUAAGACUAAUGCAAGUAAAGCUGAACCACCUCUUUUGUCAUCGUCAGUAUCUAGCAAGGUUUCAGAGGCUUCAAAAAUUCCUACUGGGACCCCAUCAGCUUCAAAGAUACCAGGACCUGCACAGUCAGGAAGGAAACUGCCUACACCACCAACUGUUCGGACAGCAGACAGCUCUGCAGCAGUUUCAACACAGGCAGCUUCUGUUAGGAGUUUCCCCAUGGCAACUACCUCAGCUGUUCCUUCAGUUUCCCCACAGAGACCCACACUUGCAAGGCAGCCAUCUCAGGCAGACAAACCUAGAGUUUUAUCACAAGCAAAUGCUACCACAGGAACAGGUAUGUCUCCCAUUAGCAAAGUGAGCAGUACUUCAGCAGUGGACCAAAAGUCCUCCCCAUCUCAAAAGCAGCCACAAGAUUCCUCUCAGGAAAUUACACCAAAGUUGCAUAUACUGAAUGACAAUUCAGAUACAUACAGUGAAGCCUACCUUUACAACAGAAAUCAGAAAUCAUUUGCCACACCUAUCGGCUCUCUACUAGGCUAUAAAGUCCUUGAUUUUUCUGCCACAGUGAACAAAAACACCAAACAAAAAGAAGGAACAGAUGCAAAAGUAGAACCUACGCAAAAAACUGAAAUUGUUGACUUUACAAAGUACAAGUUGAAAAAAUUCAACCAGAAAAAGCAGCUUGAUACUAUGGAAAACGUGGACUUGACUGACCAGACCAGCCCAGUUGUGGAUCUCACCAAACAAACUGAGGAAGACGAAGCUGAAUGGUCAAAAUCAGAAUACCCAACUCUAAGCAUGUUACAGGAAAGUCCAACAGUUUCUCAGCAUGUACCAGCUGAUCAGCACAACAUAUCAGAGAGACGAUUGUCCAGGCCAGAAAUUAGAAUUAGCCACGUGUCUUCUUCAGUCCAAACCCAAAGGUUACCAACCUCCCACAGUACCCCCAUAACAACGAAGACAAACCAAACUGAUCUUAAAGCCUCUGGCAAAGUUGCAGCAAGUAUUUCACCCAAGCUGGCUCAUACGCCUGAUGAAUUAUCAAAGAGUCCAGAUACUAAUGUAAUGAUAUCACCAAAAACAAGCUCUUCAGAUACUCAGGUUUCCAGUAAAGCCCCAGGCCUUGAUGGAGUUCUCAAACAAACUGCAAAAACUGAACCAAAAAAUUCUGUACCUACCUCACCACUUAUGAGCCCUGUUAUGAGAAAACAAGUAGACACUCAGGGGCAACAACUGAGUUGUUCAUCUAAUUUACAUCUGCAGAUGCAGCAAAGCCCACCAAUUGUUGCAACUGGUUUCACACACCAGACCCCCUGCAGAACAAUAUCUACACCUCUUCCAUACCGAUCUUGUGGAAAUGCUCAACAAUAUCAGAAAACCUCUGCACCAGCAAAUUCAGUUAAAGCAGCAUUAGAUAUGUCUGCGAAGACAACAACCAAACAAACAGUUGUGCCAUCAAAGGAUGCUGUCUGUGAGGCACUGUCAUUGACUAGGAGAAAACCACUACUAUCUGUAGAGACAGGCACAAGUCUUAGUCGUCAAGAAUCUCUUGACUUGUCAUACAGAGCAAAAUCACCAGAGCCUCAGGAACAGACAACAGAGUAUAUUCAUUCACUACCUGCUGAGGAGCAUCUCUUUCCUACUAUUACAGAAAAUCAGAUAAUAUGUUUUGGUAAGAAUAAGGUAGCUCCAUCUGGUAACUGGAAAGUGUCGUUACCCAGGCAGCAGUCUGUUCAGUCUAAUGAAUCUCUUGAAAAUUGUAAACCACCCUGGCAACCCACAGCACCUGCCAAUUCAGUUAAGGCCACACUAGAUAUGUCUUCUAAAUCUUCUGCCAUAUUGAAGGAGGUGGCUGUAGAGGUGAGAACAAAUGCUGAAGCUAUACCACUCACAAGAGGCAAGCCAAGUGCCCGUGAACUUGCACGAAAAAAUUCUGUUGGAUUACCACUAGUUGUAGAUAUUCCUUCUGAAGCAGCUCUUGGUGCCAUAUUAGAAAAAAGACUUGAAAAUGAGCCUAUUCUAAAUCAAGCAGUUUCUGUUCUCAACAAGCCAAGUGCAACAGCAGUUGCCAGAAAAGGCUCUUUUGGUAUCCCCCUGGUUCAACCAACACCACAGGUAUCAACACGCCAAAUGCAAUCACAAGUUGUGACCCCUGUGCAAAAGCAGCAAACCCUGGAUGGAAACAUUGUCCCUGUUCUGCAUCAACCAAUUGCCAGCUGUAUGACAGUGCAAGGCUCCAGUAUAAGGCAGACCAGUGGUGUCACUCAGUCUAAUACCCAACUGUAUUCACUCACUACAUCUCCAGCAAACUCUGUUAAAGGCACAUUAGAUAUGUCAAAGAGAGCAUGCAAAUCAGAUGUAGCAGUAAACAAUUCAGAUCCAGUAUCGCUGGUAAGGACAAGACCAACAAGCUAUGCAUAUUCUCGAAGAGAUUCUGUCGGUGUCCCACUAAUUGUAGAAACACACCCCUACCAGGACCAACCUAAAAGGCAGCAGACAGUCGUAGCACCACAGCAACAAGGAUUGGUGCACAGUGGACCUCAGGAAGUAUCUGCACCUGCCAAUUCCAUCAGAAGCUUCCUAGACAUGUCUCCAAAACCCCAGCAGAAGCAAUGUGAAAUAGCUCCUGAAAUUUCUCCAGUUCGAAUUGUACCACUGGUCAGAAACAAGGCAACUGUAACGAGGAAUGGUUCUGUUGGUGUACCACUUAUAGUGGAGCAAUCUGCACAUCAACCAGGAAGACAAGUUUUGAGUGGCGUCAAAACAACUGAGACAUUACAUAAACAGAUAUCUACCUACCAUUCUAAUGAGGUAUUUUCUGGAUCAAAAGCCACCUACAAUGACACACAACAACCAAAUAAGCCGGUGGACUUCUCUGCAAAAGAGAGCCUGAGUACAACUCCUGUUUUGAGUAAUGACAUUGAACCAAAAGAUGGAGAACCCAUGAACUUUACAAAUGUUAAGGCAAAGAAAGAAAUGUUUGAAAGAAGGCAAACUGGAAAUCAGCUAGAAAAGAAAACAUCUGUGGGCAUCAUGGACCUGACUGUGGAUGUUGAAAGCAAAACCAUAUUUGUUAGCCAUCAAGAUGCAAAGGAUCUGUCCUCUCCUAAUGUCUCCUCUCUGUCUCAAAAUGGUAUGUACUAUCAACAAGAAUCUGUACUUGCAGACACUACUAAGGAGGUCAGAGCAGAUGUCACAUUUUCUCACACUCAGAAGUCAUCACAGUAUAGGGUAUAUGUAACUGAUAACCAGAUCACCACCCAACCUGGAGUACAUGGCAGCUGGCAGUUGGGAACAGGCUCUGCACCACUGAAUACUUCAAUUCCAUCUUUGCCGCCUGUUCACAGAAUGAUACAGCCUCCUCAGAAUUUUGUUCCCGAGACUAUGCAGGCCAAUGCAUAUCACCAGAACAGUAGUGUUAAUGUUGAAUCAAAGAAGCCUGAUCAGCUGUCUCCAAAUAAACCUCAGCUGCAAACACAAGACUCACUGCCACAACAGCAAUACCAAUGUCCUGGUAUGGAAAUGAGAUGGAAUUCAUCCAAUGCAAGCUCUCAGCCAAAGGCUCUAAAGUUGCAAAGACAAGAUACAAAUGUUCAGCAUGACAUGACCACUAAACCCAGAAUUCUUAUUAAGCAGGCAACUGUUGACAGCUGUGGGAGCGUUGAGGAAAGCCUAUCAGAAAGUGGAAUGGUGACAAGUACUGCACAAUCAUUGUCUACCCAGCAACAGUAUAAUAGAUCCCAAACAGCUCCUACUGCACUGUCUUAUAAUGCUCAGUCUGUUUCAGUUUCUCAACAAGCACAAGACAGAUACCGAGCUGAUCCUUCUCUGCAGUCUUCAUAUGUACCAACUGUGCAUAGGAGUGCAGCUGCCGAUUAUUCUGCCAAAGGACCUCUUCAACUCUCAAAACAGCUUGAUCUAUGCCAAAGCAAUGUUCCUGCACAGCAAUAUUACACACCGACUGUACCUGUAUCUUCAAGUAAUGUGGCUUCAGCUCAGCGUGUACCUGAAGUUAGUGUACAUAUAUCACAACCCACCAUGAAACAUGACCCUGUUCCUGUACAAGUUCAGACUUGUUCUCCUCACCAGGGCAACAUUGGAGCUACAUUGCAAGGACCAAAGGUAUCUUCGACAGUAAUGGGAUCCACCUCUGUCAAGGGUUUGAUUUCGAUAUUUAGUGGUGUAGAUUCACAACCAUCUGUCAGUACAAAACCAGUUGCUAUUACAACCCACCACACUCAGAUUGUGUCUACACCUGUGGAUCACAGGACACAAGUUACUCCAACACAAAUGUCUCCUGUUAGCCAUGUUGCAGUUUAUGCUGAAGAUAAAAUUGCCCCAGUAAGACCUGUGGUGAAAAUGCCAGACGAAAAUGUUUUAAGCCCACAAAUUCCUGUUGUGUCAAGUAGUCUGUCUUGCAUACCAGCACUUGUUAGUACCCAAGAUAACCGUACUACUGAACUUCCCAGAGAAGAUGAUUCUGAUAUGUCAAACAGGAAAGGCAUCCUUAAAUCUCCAACUACAGAAACAGAAUCCAUCACUGAAUCUCAACCAGUGGAAGGUAUACUAGCUGCUUCCUUGUCAUCUGUAGAUCAAUCUGCAAUCAUCCAGACAAAAAUGGCUCCAGGAUCAUCACGAAUUACAGAAUCACAACACAAAGGAAAUUUUUCAGUUUAUCAGGAACAACAGGCAACACUAGAUACAAGCGAAAUGCCAGGAAAAGAUUUGUCUCUUUCUGAAACUUCACCGACUAUACCAGAUGCCAUACCAUCCAAAGGAGUUCUAGGUAGUGGUGGUUCAGCAGAACUAUCACAAACAUUGUCAGAGGCUGCAUCAAAAGCAAUUACCGAAGAGUCUUCUGCCAUCACAGAUAAAAUUGCUAUAUCCACACAGCCUGUUAGUGCCAGCACUGCAAUUGGUGAGAUUUAUUCUGUGGCUAACGUAUCACAAGAAAAAAUUAGCCAGCCAAGGUCAAUCUACAUUGGCAUUCACUCCUCAGGAAUAUCUCCUGAUGGUGUAGAAACUGAACCAAGUGGGCAAAGACCUUAUGUUAGACUGCCCCAUAUUUUUGUCUCAGCAGCAAGUUCACCAGAAGACGAGACAAACGAACAUGCAUUGGGUGAAUGUAACAAGCCUGAAUUUCCAGAGGGCGGUGUUUCUGAAGACACUGCAGUAACACCUUUGGAGUGUAAGGAUGCUGUAACCGAUGUUGUUGUGCAAUCUGAUAUAUCUAAGGAUGCUAGUCUUACAGGACUCAGUAGCAGAGAUACAUCAAUUGAAUCAGAGCAAGUCAAGACUGACUCACCAGAGAUGCCACUUGCACCAACAACAGCAGAUCAAACACAUGCAGAUGAACAAGACUCACAGCAGAUCCCAACUGUAAAAAGCUCAACUAUAGAGGAUACCCUGCCAGAAGUUGAUGCAAAAUCAGAGACAACUGAGGUUUCUCAGCCACCAGCUGAACUGUCUGCUGAGGACAGAAAAUCAACAGCUCCAGGCAUUGCUCCAUUUGAAGUAAUUAAGCCUCCCAAUGACCUGGCUGGUGAGGUUGAAAGCACAACUGUAGAUAUCAGACCACCAAAAGAUGAUGUAAAAAUUGAACCCAACAAGGAUGAAAGCACACCUUCAGAUGCUGUAUUGCCUGAGGAAGUUAAGUGUCAGGACAAUUUUUCAUUGAAAGAAGUACCAUCAGCUUCAGAUGUAAAAUCACCUGAAGUAGUCCAACAGCUUCAUGACAAAACUGAAAGGGAUGUCACCUUACCAUCACCUGAGCCCAGCCCUGUCAGCCUUCCCACAGAGGAAACCACAGUCUCCAAGGAGGAUAGUUCAGCCGCCAAGGUUGAUGAGCAUGCUGAACAGCCCAGUGAGCAACAAGGAAAGGGCUUAUUUUCUAUGUUUAGUGGCUCUUCUGCAACCCCACAGCAGAGUGCCCCCCAAACUGGAAUGUCAAUACUUGGUGGUAUUCUCCCUGGCUCAUCAACCAAAGAAACUCCGGGAACAGGGUUACUUUCAAUGUUUGGUGGGUCAAAUGCACCAUCUUCACCUGGAUCCAAAGAAACACCACCACCACCAACCCCACAAGAGCCCCAAGGAAAAGGAUUAUUCUCUAUGUUUGGUGGAUCCAGUAGUCAGCCACCACCUGGUCCAAGAGGUCCAACUGUUGGAGGUAUGCGACCUAGAGGUCCUCCACCCAAAGAACCUCCAGCAAAAGGCCUGUUUUCCAUGUUUGGUGGGUCUGCACCUCAGCAACCACCCAGUCCCAGAGGUCCUCCUGGGGGUGGAGCCCCACCUAGAGGACCUUCCCCUGGGUCUUCUAUAUUUGGUGGCAUCCUCUCGGGUUCAACUGCACCUAAAGAAGCCCCUGGUGCAGGUUUAUUUUCCAAAUUUGGUGGUCUUAGUGGCCAGCCCCAAGCUGGACCCAGAGCACGGCCACCUGGACCAACAGUUGCACCACCAGGACCCAGCAGUACAGAGACCCCAGGAAAAGGAUUGUUCUCUAUGUUUGGUGGACAAUCCCAGCAACCACCAGAAGGACAUCCCACAGCUUCUAAACCACCUGAGUCAGAGGGUGGUUUCAGAGUAUCUUCUGUGUUUUCACUGGGUGGGAGCUCUGAUAGUAAUAAACCCAAAUCUGGGUUUGGCCUAUUUGGAAUGUCUUUCUUGGAGGAAAGCAAAACAGAGCCUGAAAUAACAGUUCCUGUCAAGGAUGACAUUGACUCGCAGCAAGUGAAAUCCCCAGACACAAAGGAUCUUUCAGGAGAAGGAAAAGACGGCCAUGUUGAGACCUUAGAAAAUGUACCCUCUGAGCCUGUUUCUGCAUCCUCAGGUAAAAUGGAAGCUCAAGUAGAGGAGACAUGCCAAGAUGUUCAAGAGGCACAAGUAGACACAGAAAAAGAGUCGGCAGAUGUUGAGAAGAAGGUUGGUGCAUCAAAAACUGGCAAUGAUACUAACAUAGUUGGCAUCAAAAGACAAUCAGAAAAAGAGGACACUUUGCAAAUGCCAGAAAGCGUUGUAGAUGAUAAAACCACAAGCUCAGGUAUGGUUGAGCUGGAACAUGUAAAAGCUGUCGUUGAUGGGGAGGUAAUAAUUUCAGAGCUAGAAGAGCAAACUGAGGUGCAACUGAAAGCUGCUGAUGAAGAACUAACAGCAGUUGUAGAUGUGGAGAAAUCACCUAAUGAGGUUUUGAAAGUUGCUGGUGAAGAACAAACUGCAGUUACAGAUGUGGAAAAAUCAUCUGAGGAGGCUUUGAAAGUUGUUGAAGAACAAUGCACAGUUACAGAUGUGGAAAAAUCAUCUGAGGAGGCUUUGAAAGUUGUUGAAGAACAAUGUGCAGUUACAGAUGUUGAAAAAUCAUCUGAGGAGGCUUUGAAAGUUGUUGAAGAACAAUGUGCAGUUACAGAUGUGGAAAAAUCAUCUGAGGAGGCUUUGAAAGUUGUUGAAGAACAAUGUGCAGUUACAGAUGUGGAAAAAUCAUCUGAGGAGGCUUUGAAAGUUGUUGAAGAACAAUAUACCAUUUCAGAUGUGGAAAAAUCAUCUGAGGAGGCUUUGAAAGUUGUUGGUGAAGAACAAGCAACAAUUUCAGAUGUGGAAAAGUCACCUGAGGAGGCUUUGAAAGUUGCAGUCCAAGAUGUGGAAACAAUAACGAAAGAACCAAUCCCAGUUUUUGGGGAUGAACAAGUGGCUGCUGCAGAUGUGGAAAAAGCUCCUAAAGAGGAACCUGUAGCUGAUUCAGUAGAAAAAACAGAAACAUCUCCUGCAGAAUCUGUGAUGAACGCAGGAACUGCAGUUACAGAAUCAGAAAAACCCAGUGAAAAAGACUUGAAAGUCACCUCUGAGGACACUGCAAAGGAACCAACUGAGGCAAAAUCAGAGCUUGGUGAAACUAUUAAAGAAUCUGCACGAGAAUUAGAGAAAACUUCAGAAAGUAAUAUUUCUGAUGCUGUGCUUCCGUCCACAAAUGAUGAAAAAUCUGUAGAUACCAACUCAGUGGCACCAGCUGGUCCUCCACCACAGCAACAACCAGGCAUGGCUAGGCCUCCUGGCCCACAAGGACAAACAAUGAGACCUCCAAGAAUGGGAGGGCCGCGAAUGGGUCCCCCAAGAAUGGCUGGUCCAAGAAUGGCUGGGCCAAGAAUGGCUGGUCCAAGACAGCCAAGACCACAGAAGCCCCCUGAACCUGCCCCAUUUUCUGGCUUCAUGUCUAUGUUUUCAACCCCAAGCGCACAAACUAAAGCACCAACAGUUGGUGGAUUCUUUUCAAGUUCACCUGGUUCACUCUUUGGAUCUUCACCGGCUCCUCGCCAGCCACAACAACAACAACAACACCAACAACAGAAAAGCUCAUUCUUCGGCCUCCCAAGUAGCAUUGGUACAGAAUCUCUUACCAGUGACCUCCUGGGUAUAUUCAAAGGCCCGGAGACAACAAAACCUGAGGAACCUCAACAGUCUGCCUCAGAAUCUCAACCUGGGCAUCCUUCUGCAAAUGUGACAGAAUCUGAAAACACAGAAAACACAAAAACAGAGCCUUUAAGUGAAGAAGGACAUGUCAAAAGCACAGAGGAGUCUGAGGUUCCUGAGAAGGGGUUAGUGGAAGAGGCAGAACGAGAAGACAAAACGGAGGCUGAAGAAAAUUCUCUCACUGAAUCUACUGUGAAGAAAGAAACAGUGGACGAUGAGCAUGUUCAACAAUCAGUGUCCGACAGUGCUGCACCAGAAACCAAGGGCAUAUUUGACAUACCAGGUCUAACAACACCUAAAUUUGGCUUUAUGUCUGCAGCUGCUGAAGGCACAUCAACUAUUGGAUCCCUUUUCUCCACCUCAGCAUCUCCAGCUCCUACUGCAAAGACACCACAGCCACAGCAGACAGAUGGUGGCCUCUUUUCUGGUUUUAAAAGCCUUUCAGCUGGUAUUUUCCAGGAUGAAAAGUCAACUGGAAAAGAGGAAACAUCUGCUCCAUCUGUGUUUGGCAUGAAACUUAGCUCAAUGUUUGGCACCUCCGACUCUCCCGAAUCCACCCCUCCAGUAGUCACAGCCCAACCUCAAUCCGAAAGUCCAAAACCUACCGAUGAAGUUUGUGAGCUAGAAUCUGAGAAACCUUCACCGGGUUCUGGAGAAACUGGAAGCGCAGAUGCCAGCGAUACAGAAGGACCUACAGAAACUUCAAAAACAGGAAGCUGCGAUACCUUAGCACAGUCGCCACUGUCUGGACUCCCCUCUGAAUCGGUUUCCAGAAGAGAGAGUUCGGAUAAACCUCAGUUAAUAAUCACUCCAAGUGAGUUAUAUAAGAACGAAAUGCCUGAAACCACGCAUGCAGAUUUGGGAACAGACCAACCAAAGGAUCUACUAACAACAGAAACAGUGAAAAGUCCACCUGACAGCAGUCACUUUGAUUCAUCGGGUAACCUGAGCCCGGUCAGCUCCCAGCUCAGCUCUGAGCCCGAGGAGCGCCGACAUCCAGAACCCUGCCACCCAGCAGACGCUCGUCCACCUCUCCACAGCCAGCCGGCCACGUGGAAUGAGGAAGAAGAGGAGGAGGAAGAGGCUGAGAAGGAGCUGCAUGCAUUACCAGAGCCUGGUUCCAACAAAGACCUGAAGGACUCCUCAGUCAUCCAGCCAAAACCAGCCUUGUACAGCCAGGACAACAGGAAUCAGAGCAAAAUCUGUUUCUUCGAGGACGGCCCUCCACCUUGUUCUCCAUCCAAAGUCCGCUGGUUGAAAGCGUACAACAAAGUGAGAGUGAAGCUACUUGAGAGCCGCGAUCAAGAUGGUGACCCCAGCAAGCACCCAUGGGCCAAGCCAGGGGGAAAUGCGCCGUUCGGCAUCGACAGCAUGCCAGACCUCCGCAAGAGGAGGCCGAUUCCUCUUGUUAGCGAACUGUCCAUGAUACAGUCGAGGAAAGCUGGACUCGCCCACACACUGGCCACACGGACCUCCCUGAAAGACGAGGAGCUCAAAAACCACGUCUACAAGAAGACCCUGCAGGCUCUGAUCUAUCCCAUCUCCUGCACCACUCCUCACAACUUCGAGGUGUGGACGGCCACCACGCCCACCUACUGCUACGAGUGUGAGGGUCUGCUGUGGGGCAUCGCCCGGCAGGGGAUGCGAUGUGCAGAAUGUGGAGUCAAAGUGCACGAGAAAUGCCAAGAGCUGCUGAACGCCGACUGCCUGCAGAGAGCGGCUGAAAAGAGCUCCAAGACCGGAGCCGAGGACCGAACGCAGCACAUCAUCAUGGCCAUGAAGGACAGGAUGAAGAUCCGCGAGAGGAACAAGCCGGAGAUCUUCGAGGAGAUCCGGAAGGUGUUCAACAUCUCCAAGAUGAUCCACGCUCAGCACAUGAAGAGCAUCAAGCAGAGCGUCCUGGACGGCACCUCCAAGUGGUCGGCCAAGAUCACCAUCAACAUCGUCAGCGCUCAGGGUCUGCAGGCCAAAGACAGGACCGGUUCCAGCGAUCCGUAUGUCACCAUCCAAGUGGGCAAAACCAAGAAGAGGACAAAGACCAUCUACGGCAACCUGAACCCGGUCUGGGAGGAGAAGUUCAGCUUCGAGUGCCACAACUCUUCAGACCGGAUCAAGCUGCGAGUCUGGGACGAAGACGACGACAUAAAGUCCAGAGUGAAGCAACGUCUGAAGAGAGAAUCCGAUGACUUCCUGGGUCAGAGCAUCAUUGAAGUCCGAACGCUGAGUGGCGAGAUGGACGUCUGGUACAAUCUGGAGAAGAGAACAGACAAAUCGGCAGUUUCUGGUGCGAUUCGUCUUCAGAUCAGUGUGGAGAUCGAGGGAGAGGAGAAAGUGGCACCCUACCAUGUACAGUACACGUGCCUUCAUGAGAAUGUGUUUCACUUCUCGACCGACGUGGAGGGAGGCGGUGUGGUGAAGAUCCCCGUCGCCCAGGGAGACGACGCCUGGAAGGUUUAUUUUGACGAGGUGCAGCAGGACGUGGUGGAUGAGUUCGCCAUGCGCUACGGCAUCGAGUCCAUCUACCAGGCCAUGACCCAUUUCUCCUGCCUGUCGUCUAAGUACAUGCUGUCAGGGGUUCCGGCGGUGAUGAGCACCCUGCUGGCCAACAUCAAUGCCUUCUACGCCCACCCCACCGCCUCCACCAACGUCUCUGCUCCGGCCAGAUUCGCAGCCUCCAACUUCGGGAGAGAUCGUUUCGUGAAGCUCCUGGAUCAGCUUCACAACUCCCUGCGCAUCGACCUCUCCAUGUACAGAAAUAACUUCCCAGCCAGCAGCAAACCUCGACUCAGUGACCUCAAGUCAACCGUGGAUCUUCUCACCAGCAUCACGUUCUUCAGGAUGAAGGUCUUGGAGUUGCAGAGUCCUCCCAGAGCAGCCAACGUGGUUCGGGAUUGCGUCAAGGCCUGUCUGAACUCCACCUACGAGUACAUCUUCAACAACUGUCUGGAGCUCUUCAACCGCCAAUUUCAACCCGCCAUCCAACCACCUGAGCCAGAGAAGAAAAAGAAGAAGGAGAAAGGGGGAGAAGGUGAAGGAGAUGAUGAAGAAGAAGAAGAUGAGGAAGAGGAAGAGGAAGAGGAGAAGAAAGAGGAGAACCAGCCAGAGGAACAAGGACCGAGUAUCCAGAAUCUGGAGUUUUGGCCUAAACUCAUCACGCUGAUCGUGUCCAUCAUCGAGGAAGACAAGAACUCGUAUACACCCAUCAUAAACCAGUUUCCUCAGGAACUCAAUGUGGGUAAAGUCAGCGCUGAGGUCAUGUGGAUGCUGUUUGCUCAGGACAUGAAAUAUGCCCUGGACGAACAUGAGAGGCAUAAGCUCUGUAAGACGGCCGACUACAUGAACCUGCACUUCAAGGUCAAGUGGCUGUACAACGAGUACGUUAAGGACCUGCCGGCCUUCACUGAAGCUGUGCCUGAGUACCCAGCAUGGUUUCUCCAGUUCGUCCUCGCCUGGUUGGCAGAGAAUGAGGAAGUGUCGAUGGAGUUCAUGCACGGAGCUCUGGAGAGAGACAAGAGAGAAGGGUUCCAGCAGACGUCCGAGCACGCGCUGUUCUCCAGCUCGGUGGUCGACAUCUUCACCCAACUCAACCAGAGCUUCGAGAUCAUCAAGAAACUGGACUGUCCCGACCCGGCCGUGGUGGCCCACUACAACCGGCGCUUCGCCAAGACAAUCACCAAAGUGCUGCUGCAGUAUUCUGCCCUGCUGGCCAAGAGCUUCCCCUCCUACUGCGAGAAGGAGAAGAUACCCUGUGUGCUGAUGAACAACAUCCAGCAGAUGAGGGUGCUUUUGGAGAAGAUGUUCGAGUCGAUGGGAGCAAAACAGCUGGAUGUCGAGGCAGCCGACAUCCUCAAUGAUCUGCAGGUGAAGCUCAGCACCGUCCUGGACAACUUCAGCGCCAUGUUUGCCAAGAGUUUCCAGACUCGUAUUACCGGCUGCAUGCGUCAGAUGGCUGAGAUCCUGUACCAGAUGAAAGGCCCCCCCAACCACAACACUGCAGAGGCAGAUGCUGACGCCAUGCUGAGGCCCCUCAUGGAGUUCCUGGAUGGGAACCUCAGUAUCUUUGCUGACAUCUGUGAGAAGACGGUGCUGAAGAGGAUCCUGAAGGAUCUUUGGAAGAUCGUCCUGAGCAGCCUGGAGAGAACCAUCGUCCUGCCUCAGAGCAACGACAGCCUGGGAGCCCAACUCCUCACAGCAGCUAAAGGACUCUCUAAUCUGAAGGGAGGAGGUGAAGCCAAAACUCUGACGCCCAAACAGUGUAUAAUCAUCGACGCAGGACUGGAGACCAUCAAGCAAUAUUUCCACGCAGGAGGAAACGGACUGAAGAAGGCGUUUGUGGAGAAAAGUCCUGAACUGGCUUCUCUUCGUUACGCCCUCUCACUGUAUUCUCAGAGCACCGACGCUCUAAUUAAGACCUUUGUCACCACACAACACUCCCAAGUGCAUGAUGGGAUGGGCAUCAGAAUCACCGGCAAUGAGAAGAUUAAACCUGACAGAGGUUCAGGGGUGGAAAAACCGAUCGGAGAAGCCGUGCUGCAGAUCGACAUGAUGCUCGGGAAAGACCGAAAAGUCAACAUCAGAGUGAUCGCGGUGAAUGACAUGAAGUGGCAAACAUCUGGGAUGUUCAGACCUUUCGUUGAUGUCUCCAUGGUCGGCCCGUUCCUUGCCGACAAGAAGAGGAAGUUCACCACGAAAUCCAAGAACAACAGCUGGACGGCGAAGUUCAACGAGGCCUUCCAGUUCGUCCUCGGUAAGGAGUCCCCCGACUGCUACGAGCUCCAGGUGACGGUGAAGGACUACUGCUUCGGCCGGGCGGACCGGGUGGUCGGGAUGGCCGUGGUGCAGCUCCGAGACGUCGCCGACCGCAAGAGCUGCGUCUGCUGGUGUCCACUCGGGCCGCGGAUCAGCACCGACGAGACGGGAAUGACAGUGAUGAGGAUCCUGUCCCAGAGGCCCGCAGACGAGGUGGCAAAAGAGUUCGUGAAGCUCAAGUCUGAAACUCGUCCUGUGGAGGAGGGAAGGUGAACAGAGGUGAACAGACAGGAAAUAUAGAUGAUGUUUAACCUUCAUCCUCAGUGAUCACAGGCCUUUACAAAUCCAAACAUGGAGGAGAAAUGAGCAAAAGAAAGUUGACUAUUUAUCGUAGUUAUGAUUAGAAAGACUGGUAUUUAAUCAAAUGGCUACAUCUUUAGAAGGAGAAAUCACAACGUGGUUUCAAGUCUUCAAACUCUUGAGGUUUUCUUCAUCUUUUAAUUCCAAUUGGAGAAGAUUUCCAUCAUCUGUAGCCAUUUAAAUCUGGACCUGAACCUCAAGAAGCCACAUUAAUUUAUCAUUUCUGGUCCCAGCAGUGUGAAAACUAAAAGAACCCGAAGAGUAAAUUAAUCCUGCCUCUUAUUAACCAACUAAUAAUGAGAUAUUAUUUCAGCCUUACAAAUCCAGUAUGUGACAUCAAUACCACUGCUGACUCCAAAUAAAACUACAAUUAAUCAGCUGAAUAAUGUCACAGACGUGAGAACAAAUGUUGUGUUUAGCAUGAGUUGUUGCAGGAAGCUAACCAAAGAUCCAAACUCACAGUGAGGGAAUUCAGUAGCGAACAAUAAUUCCCCAACUCGGUUCAAGACGUCACGAUUCAAACCCGUUUAUGACACUAAUGAGACACUUGUAGCACCAGUCAGGAGUGUCAUUAAGUUGCUACUUUUCCAGACACGUUAAGAUAUUGUCGGACGACGACACGUUCUGAUGCUUUAAGACAAGAAGAACGUCAUCAGGAUGUAGCGGAUGCGUGUUUUCAUUCAAUGCUGGAUGUCUGGUUAGUAUUUUUCUGAAUAUAUUAAAGCUUGAAAAGAUAGAAAACACACUGAGAAAGGAUUUCGUAGCGAGUUCUUUUGAAGCCUUAAAAAGACCUAACGAAGCUAACGAAGCUAGCUCGGCAAUGACUCACAAAGACAUGAAUGAGUUCUAUGACUGACUCGUAAAGUGAAAAGAAAAUGUUUUUAUUCAGAAGCAAAGAAUUAUGGGUUUAAAGCGCCCGACUGACCACUGGACUUGAAUUUUGUGUUUUUAACUGUGAUUUUGAAGACCUGAUCUGAAUGAAAACAGCUGUUUUUAUGGGUUAAAGCUGCAGUAGGCAGGAAUCUGGCUGGAACAAGCAAAGAAAAUAUGUCCAAAUAAACCGCCUACCCCAGCUUUAAAUGGUGAAAACACUUUCGUGGAAGUUAAGAACUUUUAAUUUAAACUGCUCUGAGGAGUAGAAACCACUGUUUUUAGGGGGUUAAAGCUGCAGUAGGCAGGAAUCUGGCUGCAAAAACCAAAAAAAAGUUGGCUUCACCUGUGAGUUAACAUCAAAGUCUUCCAUCCAUCCCAUUGUAACACCUCUUUCUAUCCUUACUGCAGGCUUUGUUGCUUUUUAUUCCAUCUCAGCUGUUGUGGUUGAAGCUCUGACAUUUUCUAAAGUCUAAAAACAAAGUCAAAAUGAGAUGCAGAUGUCCAGUUUUCUCCCAGACCACCUGAAUUUCAAAAUGCUAAAAGGUUUUUAUGGAAAUGUUGCCCAAAGAUGCCAAAAAGUUCUGCAUACUUCAGAUUUAAAUGGUCAAACGCUGUCAUGGAGGUCAAGAAACUCUACUUUUACAGUUUUUGCAAACCAGAACCUGCGACUCUGAAGACCUGAUCUGAAUGGAAACAGCUUAUAGUCUGUUUUCUAGAAGUUAAGGCUAGAGUAAGUAUAAAUCUGUCUGGAAAAGGCAAAAAAAAAAAAAAAGAAAAAAAUAAUUGUAACCCUACUUUCCCAAGUAAAAAUCCUCCAUCUAUCUAUCUGCCGAUGUCCUGUUUCCUUUUAAAUUACUUGAAUUUCAACAUGCCCAAAGUUUUUACAUAAAUCCUACCCAUUGAUGCCUAAAAUACUGCCUACACCAGCUUUAAGUGGUGAAAACUCCUUCAUGGAGGUCAACAAACUCUGGCUGAAGUCGGCUUUCUAAAGCCUGAAAUAAAGUCUAGAGGAGGUGCAAAUGCUUGGCUUCCUCUCAGAUCAUGUGAUUUUCAACAUAUUGAGAGGUUUUCAAGGAAAUUUUGCCCAGUCAAUGCCCAAAAAGUACUGCCUACCACAGCUUUAAAUGGUUUAAGGACUCAUGGAGGUCAAGAAACUCUUUCACAGUCAACAAUAAAGACCAAAUCCGAUGCCGCCGCCUUGCCCUGCAUGCUCAGCCGCAUUUACUGAAUAUCUGAGUUAACUGAUGGGAGAUGAAGCUCAUAGGCAGGUUGGACUGAUCCGAUCCAAACUGUUUACUACGUGCCAAGGAAUGCAAGCGUUCAGCGAGCCACGGUCAACUAACUCUUCUUGUUUUGACAGAUUUGGCUUCUGCAGACGUCCCACUUUUUACCGCAAAUUUACAUCUUCAAGUUUAGUUCUGCUGAAAUAACCGAACAAAUUUUUAUCUGCGGUAAAAAGUGGGAUGUUUGACGUCUGAACUCUUGCACUCUGUUUAAAACUAACUAAGUUUGUACAAACGAGAAGAGCAUGUAUUUAUUGUACACAAAGUCAGCUAGAAUGGUGAUUUUUUUCUUUUUUUUCCCAUGUAUGUACUGUGAAAUAUGAAGACUGAUCAAAUGUAUGUAUCAAUAUUCUAAUGUGACAUAUGUUGAAUAUACUUGUAACGAUAUUUUGUAUAUAAAAUAUUUAUGAAUCAAA